AUGGAACAAAGAGGAGGAUGCAAAGCAUGGAGGGAACGACACUGCUGGUUUGCCUUCAUGGUUGUUCUGGAUGUUUUAUGGUGCGGAGCUUUUGCACAGAUCAGAUAUUCGAUAUCCGAGGAGGUUGAAGAUGGAACCGUCGUCGGGAAUAUAGCUAAGGAUUUGGGACUAGAGAAGAGUGCACUCAAGGACAGAGGAUAUCGCAUUGUAACAGGCUCAACCGAACCCCUGUUUCUGGUGAAUCAAAAUGAUGGUAUCCUGUACGUGAAAAGAAGAAUAGACAGGGAGGAGGUGUGCGAACGGACCAUUCCGUGUUUGAUCCAACUGAAAACCGUGCUAGAAAACCCGCUGGAGAUUCACUAUGUGGCCGUGGAAAUACUCGAUAUAAACGAUCACUCGCCUGUUUUUCCAGAGAAAGAGAAAAGGCUUGAGAUUUCCGAGUCGGCUCUGGCGGGAGCAAGAUUUCAGCUACAAGCUGCGCUCGACCCCGAUGUAGGCCAGUUCUCCAUUCAGCAAUAUAAACUCAGCCAUAGCGAGUGUUUUAGAGUAGAAGUCAAGGAUAGAGGCGUUGACCGCAAAGUACCGUUUUUAGUUCUGCAGAGGCAGUUGGAUAGAGAAACAGCUGGGAAACAUAAGCUACGUCUAACAGCCAUUGAUGGAGGAAAACCGGCGAAGUCUGGCGAUAUAGAAAUCAUUGUGGAUGUGCUUGAUGUUAAUGACAACUCGCCCGUGUUCACUAAAGAACUGUAUUCUGCCACACUCAAAGAAAACGUUCCCCUUGGCACUGUAGUCAUUCAGGUAAAUGCAACUGACUUGGACCAGGGUGCAAACGCCGAAAUAAUAUAUUCUUUUGGUAACGAAGUUGAUUUAAAAUUAAUGGAUCUUUUUAGCAUAGACCCAAACACUGGUGAAAUUCAAGUGACAGGUCCGAUAGAUUUCGAGAAAAGUAAAAGUUAUGAAAUUGACAUUCAGGCGUCCGAUAAAGGACACGCUCCUCUAACAACUGACAAAAGUGUUAUGAUAACCGUUAUCGAUGUUAAUGAUAAUGCUCCUGAGAUAGAAGUGACAUCCUUUUCUAGCUCUGUCAAGGAGGAUUCAAAAAUAGGAACCACAGUGGCCCUCAUUAGUGUCAACGAUCUAGACUCUGGAAUCAACGGUAAAACCAUCUGCACAAUCAAGGAAGACGUUCCUUUUACAUUAUCUCCAUCAUUACAAGAAAACAUGUACGCUGUUGUCACCAGGUCGCAGUUGGACAGGGAAAUGAUUUCUCAAUAUGAUGUCACAAUUGUUGCGAAAGACACAGGUGAACCUAUGUUUCUAACUGAAAAGACUAUAAGCGUCAUUAUAUCAGAUGUGAAUGACAACAGUCCGGCGUUUUCAUCAAGCCCCUAUACAUUUUAUAUCACUGAGAAUAACAGCCCCGGAGCGGUGGUAUUUUCAGUAAAAGCCUCUGAUCGUGAUGGAAGUGAUAAUGCUCUCAUUUCAUAUCAUAUAUUGAGAUACGUAAGCGCAGAUAAAUUGUCCUCGUUUGUAACCAUCAACUCUGAAAACGGAGACAUUUCGGCGCUAAAAAGUUUUGACUUUGAGACGCUGAAAACUUUCCACUUCCACGUGGUCGCGUCAGACUCGGGAACUCCGUCACUCAGCAGCAACGUCACAGUGCACGUGUUCAUUCUGGAUCAGAACGACAACGCUCCAGUCAUCCUGUAUCCAGUCAGCUCGAACGGUUCUGCUGAAGGUGUGGAGGAGAUUCCCCGCAACGUGAACGCAGGACACUUGGUGACUAAAGUCAGAGCCUACGACGCUGAUAUAGGAUAUAACGGCUGGUUACUGUUUUCACUGCAGGAAGUUACCGACCACAGUCUCUUUGGUCUGGACCGCUACACGGGACAGAUCAGGACACUUCGCUCAUUCACAGAGACAGACGAGGCUGAGCAUAGACUGGUCAUACUGGUGAAAGACAAUGGGAACGUUUCACUCUCAGCAACGGCUACUGUGAUGGUCAAACUUGUGGAGCCCAAAGAGGCUUUUGCAGCUUCUGACGUUAAAAGUUCGGCAAAAGCAGAUGAGGAGAAUAAUGUGACUUUUUACCUGAUGAUAACUUUGGGCUCAGUUUCGGCUCUUUUUCUCAUCAGCAUCAUUGUGCUGAUUGCGAUGCAGUGCUCCAAACCCACAGACUGUACUUCUAAAUAUCUGCAAGAGACGAAUUAUGACGGGACACUGUGUCACAGCAUCCAGUACAGAUCUGGAGACAAACGGUACAUGUUAGUUGGACCCAGGAUGAGUAUAGGAUCUACUAUAGUCCCAGGAAGCCAUGCCAAUACACUGGUGCUUCCUGACAGGAGAGGAGCAUCUGGAGAGGUAAGAGCUUGA